AUGCUAUUCGCUAGACUAUGGAGGCGGUCAGUAGCCUCUGCUAUUUCAUCCAGCGGUCUCGGUCGACAGAGUCUACAGCAGCCGUUUCCGACACCGGUGAUGUUCAUUCCCAAGCUACACCGAAAUCGUAAAGAAUGCCCGGGAAUUGGAGAAAAAGAGAAAGAUAAAUUGACAGCGGCAGAUCCUGAACAAGCGUCGUCAUCGAAAACACCAGUUGCAUUGAAUAUAACUUCAAAAAGACCGAAUGACGACGAGCUCGCUCCAGUCAAAACUCGCUCAAGAAAUCUAACAAAAGGGCAGAGUCCGAUCUUAUCAGUUGAGCAAGAAAACUUGGUUUCACUCGCAGUCGAAGGCCACAACAUUUUUUAUACUGGCCCAGCAGGCUGUGGCAAGUCUACAGUGCUAAGAGUCAUUCGAGAUCGCCUUGAAGGAAUGGGCAACAAUGUCCUUGUCUUGACCCCAACGGACGAUAUAGCACUAGCAAAUGGGGGCAGAAACACAUGGUCUUUCGCCAGCUGCAUGUCUAACUCACAUACAAUGAGCCUAUCUCAGAUAACGAAUCCUGAGCGCAACCCACAAUUGUUCGAACGAAUGGCAAACGUUGAAGUAAUUAUCAUUUCGGAGAUAAACAUGGUCGAGAACUUCCACUUUGAACGAUUGAACGAGGUUAUGAAGGCUGUAAAAUCUUCUUCUCUUCCCUUUGGAGGUAUUCAGGUUAUCGUAACUGGAGACUUUUGUGGGCUGCCACCCGUGAUGCCAUUCCAAAACUGCUUCCAUUGCGGCAGCUAUCUUAAGCACAACAAACAAAAAGGUACUUAUACAUGUUUGAAUGAGGAUUGCAACAUCAAUCUCUAUUAUGAGGAAGACAAAUGGGCCUUCCAAAGCCGUUCGUGGCAACAAUGCAAUUUUCAUAACGUACACCUCGCUGCCGUCUUCAGACAAGAAGAUCCUGCUCUUGUCAGUUUGCUACGCGAGAUUCGACUUAAUUUAAAGGUUUCCGACGACAGCAUGGGGCUUUUGAGGAAGCGGAAGAAUAAGACGAGCAACCAUGCGGUGAAACUUUUGACAACGCGAGCAGACGUGCGAGAACUUAACGAUGCAAAAUUCCUCCGUCUGAGGGCUCCUCUGCAGGUAUAUCAAAGUGUGGAUGUUUAUGGAUGGAAUGAAGGAGAGCACGAAUACCUAGCAUACAAUCAAGAGAGAGAUACUCGUGGUUCUUUCGGGGUAUUGAGAGAUUACAAUCUUGGAGCUAAAGUUCAGCUGAAAGAAGGAAUGCCAGUAGUGCUGCUGCAAAAUAUCGAUCCCGGCAGCGGAUUAUGCAACGGCGCCCAAGGAAUUAUUAUUGGAUACGAGCCGUUUGGAAACCUUUUACAGCUUGUUACUGAGUAUUAUGAACAUUUGCCUGCACAUUGGCUACGAAUCGACGCUCUUGAAGACGCGCUUCGAAGGUUUUUACGAGAAUGUAGCAGCAACAAAGGCUGGCCGAUUGUCAAAUUCCAUAAUGGAAUAACCAGAACCAUCUAUCCUACUUGUCGGGCUCUACCUUUAGGAGGUACGCAACCAUAUUCGCUCCUCGGGAGAAUCCAGGUCCCACUAACUGCUGGUUGGGCUCUGACCGUUUAUGACGCUCAAGGAAUGGCUUUGGACAGCAUUGUGGUAGAUGUAGUGAAGACUUCAAGGGAAGGUCUGAUGUACGCAGCUUUAUCGAGAGCAAGGACAUGGCAGGGAUUGAAGGUAGAGGGGGACUUGACUCGAUUAGGGUACCAUAGAGGAAAUGGAGCGCAGUUGAAGUGGCUGAAACGGACGUUUGGACACAAGGUUGUGAUGGCGAGGUAA